AUGAGCUGCUCUUCCUCGAGUUUACAGUGGGCUUCAUUGGAACAGUGUGAGAGGCCAAAGGUAGCAAGACCGAGAAUUACUUCAAAUAAUGGCAAUUUGAUAUUUCAAACUGGCAAUCGAAAGAAUAUUGAAUUCAAGACUUCAGCAUUUGGGAAGAUUAAACUAAAUGAUAAUGAUCUUGAACAAUUAUUUAUGCAGAUUAGAAAAAAUAAACAUGACAUAGUAGAACUGAAAACUAGUGGAGUUCAAAUCGCUCAGAAUGUUUCUUAUCAAAUCAGUCAGCUAAACGAAAGGGUGUUAGAGCUUGAAGUUCUUAUUCAGAAUAUACAAACAGGACCUACUUGUUCUGAUGAUAUAAACGAAUGUGAGGUCUAUGCUGGAUCACCACUAGCUUGCCAGAAUGGAGCAAUGUGCAUUAACACAGAAGGCAGUUACAGUUGUACCUGUACUCCAGAAUGGUAUGGUCCACAUUGUACUUCCAAAUAUGAUGAUUGCCAAGAUGGCUCGCAAACAAAAUGUGAACAUGGCAUCUGCAUUGAUUUAAACAGGGUUCAGCCAAAUAAGCCCAAGUACCAUUGCAUCUGUGAAGCUGGGUGGACUCAGCCUCCUAUAGGCCCAGCCUGUAGUUCUGAUAUUGAUGAAUGUAGCCUUCCUGUUCAACCCUGCUCAACAAAUCCCCCAGUGGCAUGCUUCAAUUCCCCAGGUUCUUACUCUUGUGGGAACUGCCCAGCAGGUUGGGAAGGAGAUGGUCAUAGCUGCCAGGAUAUUGAUGAGUGCAAGACUAAUAAUGGAGGAUGUUCUCAAGCUCCAAUUGUUCAGUGCAUUAAUACGAUGGGAUCUUACCAUUGUGGUUUAUGCCCAGCAGGUUAUCAGGGCGAUGGAAAAAACUGCACUCAGAUUGAUGUAUGCUCAGUGAACAAUGGAGGAUGUCAUCACUUUGCAUCAUGUUCUUACAAUCCAGGUACUAUCUUUCCUAAUUGCACUUGUCCAGCUGAUUAUUUUGGAAAUGGCUAUGGAAUCAAUGGCUGCAUUCCUCUCAUUGAUGUUUGCCAACACAGCAAUCCAUGUGUGAAUGGACAAUGUUUUGCCAUAUUUUCAAGUUAUAUAUGCAUUUGCAGUCCAGGAUGGACUGGCAUCCAUUGUAGUCAGAACAUUAAUGAGUGUGCCAGUAACCCAUGCAAGAAUGGAGGAAGCUGUACUGAUGGCAUCAAUAGUUACACUUGUACUUGCACCCAAAACUGGACAGGACCAGAGUGUCUGAUGCCACAACAAGCCUGUGGUGGUCACCUCAAUGAAACCUAUGGCGCUAUAAAUUCACCGGGUUAUCCAGGCAACUACACACCCUGCACAGACUGCUACUGGACCAUUUCGGUCAGCCCCAAUUUACUGAUUAAUUUUGCUUUCGGACCCCUUCACAUCGAACGCCAUCAGAAUUGCAGCUUUGACUACCUCGAGAUUAGAGAUGGACUGCUGGACCAGGAUCCCAUCCUUUACAAGUACUGUGGCAAUGAAAGCCCUCCCCCUCUGCUGACAUCUGGCCCUACUGCAUGGAUCCAUUUCCACAGUGACAAAAGUAUCAGUGGACAAGGGUUUCAUGUCACAUACAUUACGUUACCAUCUGAACCUGGCUGUGGAGGAACAUAUGGAGACAGUGAGGGAAUUCUCACCUCCCCCAAUUGGCCUAAUCCAUAUCCCAGCAGCAGACAGUGCAUCUAUGUUAUUGAGCAGCCCAUAGGGGAGCGCAUCCAUCUUCAAUUCACACAUAUGGAGUUGGAAUUCCACAACAACUGUUCCUUGGACUACAUAGAGGUUCAUGAAGGUGAAGCGGAGACGGAUCAUCUAAUUGGAAGGUUCUGUGGUUCCAAAGCUCCAGAGCCCAUUACCACAAGUGGUAACAAAUUGUGGCUUAAGUUUAAAACAAAUGCGUCUGUCACAAAAAAAGGUUUUGUGGCUGUAUAUAAAGUUGCAUGUGGUGGCAUUCUUCAUGAUAAAGGAGUGAUUCAGUCUCCUUAUUAUCCCAAUCCGUAUCCACAUGAUCGAAGCUGUGAAUGGGUUAUCAUCCAACCUGAAGGAAAAGUAGUUACCCUCAACUUUAUCUCCUUUGAUGUUGAGAACGCUGUAAACUGCAGUCAUGACUAUUUAGAGAUCAGAGAUGGUGCUUUUGAAGAUUCUCCACUCAUUGGAAAAUAUUGUGGUGAUGUACUUCCACCGAUGGUACAAUCAAUCCAGACAUCUAUGUACAUCAUGUUUAAGAUGGAUUCUAAAAAGACUAACAAUGGAUUUCGAGCUGAGUAUGAAUCAGCAAAGAAAGGAUGUGGUGAUGUUCUGACACAAUCAAUAGGUACCAUUGCCAGUCCUGGAUAUCCUGCAGGUUAUCCGCAUGGUGGCAAAUGUAUCUGGUAUAUUUCAGUUCGGGCUGGACAUGUUAUCCGUUUGGCAUUCAUCUCCUUUAGUAUUGAAUUUAACAUGAACUGCAGCAAGGAUUAUGUUGAAGUGUAUGAUAAUAAUAUUAACCUCAGCAGACCAAUAGGAAGGUAUUGUGGUAGGUCUGUCCCUCCUUCUAUAACCAGCAGUGGCAAUUUGAUGAGACUUCUUUUUGUGUCUGAUUCAAACACAUCAACUGAGGGAUUCCUAGCAACGUAUGAUUCCCUUGAUGCUUCAGCAGUAUGUAGGGAGGAAUUCUUUGAAUCUACUGGCACAUUUACAUCUCCAAACUAUCCGAAUGGCUACUCAAUUUACCAAGAAUGUAUCUACAUAAUUACCGUGGAAGACAACAAGCAAAUUCAGCUCAACUUUACUGACUUUAAAGUCGAAGGAUAUCAAUCCUGUACUUCUGCCUAUGUUGAAAUUAGGAAUGGUGGAUAUGAAACAUCUCCCUUGGUCGGUCAGUACUGUGGUGCAAAAGCCCCACCACUCAUCAUAUCCCACAGCAAUAGACUAUGGAUUAAAUUAAAAUCAGAUAAUAUUUAAUACCAUGCAUUUAUGGCUCACUGGAAUGGUACUUUGACAGGCUGUGGAGGAACCCUCACCAGCAUUGGUAGUUUUAUCUCUCCCAACUAUCCAAUGCCAUAUUCACACAAUGCAGAAUGCUACUGGCUGAUUCAAACCAGUGCAGGCAGUGUGAUUGAGCUACAGUUUGAACAAUUCCACUUGGAUUCCAGCACUGGAUGCAUUACUGAUUAUUUAACUGUUUAUAAUGGAAUAAAUAUAUAUUCUCAUAUUUUGGCCAAAUUGUGUGGUAAUCAGAUGCCAGCACCAAUUCUCUCUUCCAAAAACAACAUGUACAUAAAACUCCAAACGGACAGCUCAGGAACAGCAGAAGGAUUUUUUGCUAAAUAUAGACAUAUUUGCCAGGGAGUAAUCAUUGCAAAUCAUAGCAAGGGAGUUUUGGAAAGUACAGACUUUCCUCGGCCUUAUCCACCUAACCAAGACUGUAACUGGACUAUACAGGCAACAGCUGGGAACACAAUCAACUACACCUUCACUGCCUUCAAUCUGCACUUUAACAGUUGUAAUUCAGCUUGGCUUAAGCUAUAUGAUGGACCCAGUACCCAGUCUCAUUUUAUUGGCACUUUCUGCGGGAAUACUUUGCCUCCAUCAGGAAGAACAUCUGGUACCAGUCUGCACGUGGCAUUUCAUUCAGAGUCUAGUUUAUCAGGCAAUGGAUUCCAGAUGUUGUGGUUCCAGAAUGGAUGCGGUGGAGAAUUGCAUGGACCUAAAGGAGGAUUCAGCAGCCCUGGCUAUCCCAACAGAUAUCCAAGUAACCAGGAGUGUCUCUGGUUCAUUCAGGGGGAUUCUGGCAGCUGUAUUGAAUUGACCAUCCAUGACUUUGAUGUGGAAUAUCAAACAUGCAAUUUCAAUGUACUGGAGGUAUAUGGUGGUCCAGACAUUACUUCAGUACGAUUGGUCCAACUGUGCAGUACCCACCCACCAAGCAACCCACUGGUGGUCUCCAGCACAGGAAAUGAUAUCACUGUUCGAUUUAAGACAAGUUCAAAUGGCAAUGGAAGGGGUUUCAAUGCCACCUGGCAACAGAGGGCAGGAGGUUGUGGUGGAAUUGUUACAGCCCCAAAAGGAAAGAUCCACUCACCACACUACCCUAAUCCUUAUGGGAUUAAUGUGGAUUGUUCCUGGGUCAUCAGUGUGGAUAAGCACUACAGCAUCUUCCUCGACUUUUUGGACUUUGACCUCGGAGAUCAACAAUCAUGUCAUUCUAACUAUGUAGCUGUCUAUGAUGGUUCAAAUGAAGCAGACCCCCUGCUGAGGAAGCUGUGCGGAAACAUAGUUCCAGGACGGAUCACCUCCAGUCACAAUGUAGUCUAUGUACAUUUCCGCUCACAAAACAGUUAUGACCAUAGAGGGUUCAUGGUGCAGUUUAACCAAGUGUGUGGGUCCUAUAUUGUGACCGAUGAUAUUGGUGGAGCUAUAACAUCACCUCUAUAUCCCAACAACUAUUCAAACAAUCAGAACUGCAGCUGGAUAAUUCAAGCCCAGAAACCAUUUAACCAUGUUACAAUAUCGUUCACCGACUUUGUAAUUGAAAACAGUGUGGCAGACUGUUCAGCAGAUGUUUUACAAAUCCUGGAUGGGGACAACUAUGGGGCACCUUCUGUUGGUCGUUUUUGUGGAAAUACCAUCCCUCAUCCAAUCACGUCAUUCAGCAAUGCCUUAUUUGUCAACUUCAUCUCUAAUGAGGUCAGCUCAUUCAGAGGCUUCAGAGCAACUUAUGCUGCAUCAAUAUCAGCCUGUGGUGGGAUGUUUCACAUGCAGUCCGGCACAUUCAGUAGUCCUAACUAUCCUGAAAACUAUCCAUCCAAUGGAGAAUGCAUCUGGUAUAUCAUCAGCUCCCCUGGCAAUCGUGUCCAAAUCUCCUUCAUAAAUUUUGAUAUUGCAUAUAGCAUAAACUGCUCCUUGGAUUACCUUGAAAUUCGAGAAGGGAAUGCUACUGGACAGCUGAUUGGACGCUUCUGUGGCUCUACUUUACCUGCAAAUUGUACAUCAGUCAUUGGACAUACCUUGUGGGUAAAAUUUGUCUCUGGUCCAUCAUCUCAUCAUCUCGGAUUCAGGGCCAUUUUUUCCCAUUUGUAUGGCAAUGAGAUUGUGGGCAUCCAAGGGCAAAUUACGUCUCCAUUAUGGCCACUACAUUACCCACACAAUGUCAACUACCACUGGACAAUUACUGCUCCAGCAUUCUAUAUCAUCCAUGCCAGAAUCCAAGAGCUGGAUAUCGAUGCACUUCAUAGAUGCAGAUAUGAUAAGUUAAUGUUCUAUGAUGGUCCUAAUAUUCAUGCACGUAUUAUUGGAACAUUCUGUGGCUCUGAACUGCCUCCAGCUGUGUCCUCCACUGGAAGCACCCUAACAGUUCAGUUUAUCAGUGACUCAACUAUAAGUGGAAAAGGUUUCCUAAUUGAAUGGUUUGCAGUGAAAUAUAUUGCUGACCCAACGGCAACACCAACUCUCCAACCAGGUUCAUGUGGUGGAGUUGUUGUGACUGGGGACCACCCGACCUUCCUUUUCUCUCCAGGAUGGCCCAAUAAUUAUGGAGCACAUUUAGACUGUGCUUGGAUCAUUUGGGCACCACAGAACACAGUGGAACUCAACAUUUUGGCUCUAGAUAUUGAAUCAGAUAUGCUUUGUCAUUAUGAUAAGCUGGUCAUCAGAGAUGGUGACAAUAACCGCUCUCCAAUACUUGCCACUUUGUGUGGCACAGAGUUACCUGGAACCCUUCGAUCAACUGGUGAAACAAUGUUUCUUCGAUUCACAUCUGAUGAAGAUACUAGUGGUGGUGGUUUCAAUGCUUCUUAUCAUAAAACUUGUGGUGGCCAUCUUACUGCUGACCAUGGUGUUAUUACUUCACCCAACUAUCCUCACGCAUACACUCCAAACCUGAAUUGCACCUGGCGUGUUGAUGUCACCAGCGGGUUCAUUAUUGCUAUCCAUUUCAAUCAGCCCUUCCAGAUUCAAGGUUUUGGUGCAAACUGCACAAACGGUGAUUAUUUAGAAUUAAAGAAUGGACUUGAUAAUUCUUCCCCACCUUUGACUUCCCAUAGAGGGAUCGGACGAUAUUGUGGUGAGAGCCCUCCUACCAUAAUGCACACUACAGACAAUCAACUCUUCGUACACUUCAUUUCUGAUGGAAUUAAUGAGGGACAUGGGUUCAAAUUCACUUAUGAUGCUUCAAAUCUUGCCUGUGGUGGAAACAUUUUUAUUUAUGAUUCUGAUGAUGUUGGGUACAUUACCUCAAUGAAUUACCCUGAUAAUUAUCCAGAAAGUAUAGACUGUACGUGGACUAUCACUGUUCCAAGCGGUGAAGCAGUUCAGCUUGAUUUCGACAACCUUUUCUACAUCGAAACUCAUCUUGAAUGCGACUUGGAUUACCUGGAACUGCGUGAUGGAGCUAAUUCAAAUGCCCCUCUGAUUGGGCACUUCUGUGGAUCUACUAAAUCAUCCAGCCAAAGAUCUACAAGCACAGUUAUGUAUGUGAGAUUCCAAACUAACACCGCUUUGAACCAUGUGGGAUUCAAAGCUAAAUACUCAAUAGCUUCUUGUGGUGGAAUGAUAUCUGCACAGAGUGGAACUCUUCAGAGCCCCAGGUUUCCUUCACUUUAUCCAGAUAAUUCUCACUGUGAAUGGUUUCUGGAGGGACCCACUGGUCAUUACUUGACCAUUACUUUUGAGGUAUUCAAUCUGGAAAACACAGCCACGUGUACCAAAGAUUUUGUAGAAGUUCGAGAAUAUAAUGCAAGUGGGCGUCUGCUGGGUAGAUACUGUGGCAAAACAUUGCCUCACGCUAUGGAUACUUCAGACAGCUUUGCCUAUGUCGUCUUCAGCAGUGAUGCAUCUGUCAAUGACACAGGAUUCAGUCUGCAUUUUGUAGCCAGCAUUAAAGAAUGUGGAGGUGAAAUGACUGCAAGGACAGGAACUAUCAACUCUCCGAACUACCCACACUUUCGCCCUCACAGUCGUGAAUGUGAAUGGAGAAUUACUGUGCAAGUCGGACAGAGAGUGACGCUAACCUUCAAUGAUUUUCGAUUGGAAAUGCAUAAUCAUUGCAACUAUGCUUAUGUUGAUAUAUACAAUGGACUUCAUCCAAAUUCUCCCAGAUUGCAGAAAUAUUGUGGCAUCGUUGAGAAUGGCACGCAAGUGAAAUCAUCCGGAAAUACCAUGCGAGUUGUUUUUGUGACUGACAGGUCACUUUCAAAUGGAGGUUUCAGUGCAACCUAUACUUCAGAGGAGGAUGCAGUGUGUGGCGGUACCCUAAUGGACCCAAAUGCUGGGAACUUUAGUUCUCCAAGUUUUGAUGGUGUAUCCAACUACAGAAAUAAUCUUAACUGUGAAUGGGUCAUCCAGAAUUCCCGCAUUGCAAAUUCUUCCAUUUAUCUAGAGUUCACCAGUUUUUACAUUGGACAUCAUCCAGUUUGCCAACAAGAUUACAUUGAACUCCGAGUUGGAGAUUCCAAUGGUGAUUUAAUUGCCAGGCUUUGUGGUCAGGCUACUCCAAAUCCACUGCUGAUUCCCUUCACCCAAAUAUGGGUUCACUUCAUAUCUGAUUCAUCUGUGCAAGAUCUUGGUUUUGUUGCUAAAUAUAGCUUCACAGAAUGUGGUGGCAUUCAGACUGGGGAAAAUGGAUUCAUUUCAAGCCCCAAUUUCCCAUCGCCACACCGUCCUUUGACCCACUGCGCAUGGACGCUGGAGGCCCCAGAAGGGCACACCAUAAAACUGAGCUUCAUUCACUUCAAUUUGACAUGUGGCUGGAAUUCUGUUACAAUCUUGAAUGGUGGUUCCUUCAACUCCCCAAUCAUAGGCCGAUACUGCGGCACCAUUCCAGCUGAGCCAAUUAUAUCUGGCUUAAACAAGUUGUUCAUCGUCUUUAGUUCUAACCACAGCAUGCAACAUGGCGGUUUCUAUGCCACCUGGAAGUCUGAUUCGCUAGGCUGUGGUGGCUUUGUUCAUGCAGAGAGUGGCCCUUUCAAAUCACCAAACUGGCCGCAGAAAUUUCCCGAUAAUAGUGAAUGUACGUGGAGGAUUACAGGCCAAGACAGCAAACACCUUGAGAUUACUUUUGAUGAGAAUUUCCAGAUUCCAGACAGCACUAAUAUCUGUAAGACCAGCUAUGUGAAGAUCUGGGGAGGAAUUUCUGAAACUGAUGAAACCUUGUUGGCUACUAUUUGUGGAAACACUCCUCCACCUGGCCCUGUCAUUGCACCAGCUAAUGUUGUGACAGUCCGAUUUCAGUCUAAAGGCAGCACUGGAACUGGCUUCUCGGCAUCUUUCACCAACCGAUGUGGGGCCAAUUUUACUGCUUCUGCUGGACGUGUUAUGUCACCCAACUACCCAGGCUAUUAUGACCCAAACCUAAACUGUGAAUACUUGAUCAAUGCUGCCAGUCAUCAGUUCACAAUUCUACAAUUCGAGACAUUCAAUAUAGAAGAGGAUUCAAUUUGUGCGUAUGAUAAUUUAAAGAUAUACAGUGGGACUACAGCAAGUGGGUAUACUGUUGCUACUCUUUGCGGUUCUAUCAUCCCUGGUCCAAUCAGUACCUACGGCCCAAUGCUAUUGGUCUUCAGUACAGACAGUAUUGAGGCACAAACUGGAUUUGUGGCCAACUAUCAUUUAGCCUCCUGUGGAGGUAGAUUCCAUGGAUCAACUGGCACUCUCACCAGCCCGAUUUACUCUCACAAUCAGUACAGCAACAUAAACUGCACAUACCACAUCACUGUUGGAGCAAACAAGAUUGUGAAAAUGAUAUUCAGUGAAUUUGACCUUGACACUUCAUCAGGAUGUACCUCUAACUAUGUAGCUGUCUACAAUGGUCCAAACACUUUUGCACCACUUUUAGGCCAAUUCUGUGGCUCGGAAAUUCCACCUGUUUUAAGGAGUACCAACAGCUCCAUAUUCCUUGUGUUCAAAACAGAUGGCUUCCACAGUUAUGGAGGAUGGAGAGCUUCAUAUACUGAGAUGUUAGGACCAAAUCAAGGAUGUGGUGGGUACUUAACUGAGUCUAGUGGUACCUUCAGUUCACCAGAUGUGGAUUUUAAUCAUAAAUAUGAAAAGAAUUUAGAUUGUCUGUGGUACAUUUUUGUGCCUUUAAACAAGAUUAUCAGUGCGACUUUCACAGUUUUUCUUCUUGAGGAUGCAACUAAUGGAACUUGCAUUUCUGAUUAUGUCAGUGUUUAUGAUGGAGGAAAUAUAAAUAGCCCAUUAGUUGGCACUUAUUGUGGAUCCCAACUGCCACCUCCCUUUGCUUCCUCCAGUAAUUUUCUCACUGUGAGAUUCAUUUCCAGCUCCUCAGUCGAACUGGAUGGUUUCAACAUAACAUAUACAGCCACUGACUUGCUGUGUGGUGGAGUAUUCAAUGCAACCAAGGUGCCUCAGAACAUUACAUCUCCUGGAUACCCACAGGAUUAUCCACCCAUUACCGUGUGUCACUGGACCAUUAAUGCUCCUGCACAUGAACAAAUCAGAGUGACGUUACUGGAAUUCAAUUUACCAGAUUGUACUCUGGAUUACCUGGAGAUUAAAGAUUGGCCAAUGGCUGAUUUUGGACAGGUUAAUCGAUUCUGUGGUUCCAAUCUAACUACUGCAGAUUUCUAUUCAUAUGGCCCCACAAUCGAGAUUGACUUCAAAUCGAAGGCAUAUCUAAAUGGAAAUAAAUUCUGGCUAACAUACGAAAUUGCAGGUUGCAGCAGACAAUAUAAUCAGUCAUAUGGUUAUCUGAAGAGUCCUGACUGGCCCAACAUCUAUCCACAUAAUUUAGAUUGUACAAUCAUUCUGCGAGCCCCAGACAACUACAAAAUCUCCCUCUUUUUCAAUGCACUGGAUAUCAAAGGCCAAGAUCAAUGCAACAAUGACUACUUGGAGGUACGAAAUGGUACAAACAGUAAUGGACAAGUGCUCGGGAAGUUCUGUGGUACAAAACUGCCUGAUCCUAUCUUUCCCAAUUUCCACGCACUUACACUACAUUUUACUAGUGAUGCUCCAACAACUCACAAUGGUUUUGAGAUCACCUGGACAUCUUCUCCAAAUGGUUGUGGUGGAACACUAUUUGGCCCCAGAGGUUCUUUUUAUAGUCCUAAUUAUCCUUCCAGCUAUGACAUCAGUACUGACUGUGAGUGGACAAUUGUGGCACCAACAGGACGAAUAGUAACAAUAACCUUCAUAGUCUUCAGUAUUAAUGAUCCUGGUGACUGUGUCAAAAAUUACUUGAGGCUGUUUGAUGGACCAGAUUCCAAUUCACCACUCGUGGGCACAUACUGUGGACUGGAAAGUAACAUUGUUCCUUUUAUUUCUGCAUCUCAUCGUGUGUUUGUUAAGUUCCAUGCUGAAAAUGCAGCCGUACCAUCUGGAUUCAGAAUAACUUGGACCAGUUGAAUAUACUUGUGAUGAAUAAAUUAAUACUCAUACUGUGUACUAGACUGCCAUUGUUUUACAUUACUCAAAUUGUUUGAUUAAAAAUUGCAAGACGAUAAAUAAUUUCUGCACUGGCCAAAGAAAAAUGCACAAGAGAUUUAUCAAACUUAUUUGCAAAUCUAGCUUCACAAAAGUUAUAAAAGUGAAAUAAUUCUUCAUUUGUAGGGAAACCGGGGCUUUUUAUAAAGCAGUUUCUAGAAUGUUAUUUCAAAUAACACAAUGUUAAAGUUAUUUUAAAAGGAAAGGAUAGAAUGAGAGAGAAUGAAGGAAACCAACACUUGCUGAAAUUUAAAUAUAAACUUUAGGAGUAAAUUCAUGAGAUUAAUUUGCUGAAGAGAAAAUAGAUAUUACGAAGUCUAUCAGUUGGGUUACAAUGGAGUUAAAUAUCAAAUGGUAAUAUUUUGUAUCAAUAGGAGAAAAGCACAAAAUAAUUGUUCAUUUACUGCUUUUCAUAAAGACUUCCAGCUUUGUUCCUUAGAAUGCACUAUUAUGUAUGUAAAAUUGAAAUUAAUUUUGCUCUAUGCUGCUAAAGUUUCUUAUGUUAAAAUAUGAAGUUUUGACUGAACAUUAAAAUGAUUAAAGAGAAAAAUCAUUUUCAUGGUUACCAUAAUUAAUAUUUAUAUCAAUGCCUAAUCAUAA